AUGAGUGAUACAAGGCUCAAGGAAUUCUGGAAAAGAAAAGACACAGAAGUGGUUGUGUCUGUGGUCCCCUCUCAAAUAACAGGGAACAGCAUCCUUAUCCACCACAGUGAGCUACGGACACUUAGACCUCACUUCUGGCGUACAGGCGAGAUCAUCGAGAGUCUCUUACAUCACACUGCCAACGACUUGAAUUUGGGAAGUAGAAUUUAUAUUCUCAAUCACUAUAUAGCUGGUGUGAUCCUCUUUGGGAAGAGAGAAAUGGUCAGAAGGAACAGUUUAUCCAGGACCAACUUUGACAACUAUGAAGGAAUAGUGUCUUUUGUGAACGUACACAAUGUACACUGGAAGUUUCUGUACAUCAGUACAGCAACAAGAAGCGUGUAUUUGGUUGAUCCAGCACGCAGCUCGGCAGAGCUGACAGACUCCAACCAUGCUGCAAAAAGAUUGAAUGAGUACUUCAAAAUGAGGAGGACCUCCCUUGGCAAGACUGACUGGGUUGACAUUAAAUGGAAAGGAGGUGUUGUGCAACACCCAGUGCAGCAGGAUGGAAAUAGCUGUGGGGUACUUGUCAUCAUGAUGGCAAAGGCAGUCAUGGAGGCCUUUCCAAAAAUUCAAAAAAUUGAAUUUGGUACAUCAAAGAGAGAGAUGGCACAGCAGCGUCAACAUUUUGCUCUGGAAAUACUUAAAGCCUCAGGUCGGUGA